AUGGUAGAGACACUGCACCGGCAACUCAAAGCAGCUAUCAAAAGCCACGAAACUGAAACAUGGACACAAAUUCUUCCAGUUAUCUUAUUAGGCAUCCGCGCCGCAGUAAAAGAGGACAUCGGAGCCACACCAGCAGAAUUAGUUUUCGGAGAGAUCAUUCGGAUUCCCGGACAAUUUCUGGACCAAACCAAUAACGAGCAGCCAACGGACGAGUUUGUGCGUCAUUUGCAAGAACAAAUGAACAAACUCUGUCCGCACUUACGACGCCAUGGCCACCGCAGCACCUUUGUGCAUAAGGACCUGGCCAAAUCUGAGAAGGUUUUCGUCAGACACGACUGCCCGACUAGAGCGCUACAGCAACCAUACGACGGACCAUUUAACGUUUUAAGCCGAAACGACAAAGUCUACAGGCUAUUGGUCAACGGCAAGCCAAUCAACGUCUCGAUUGACCGAUUGAAACCGGCAUACACGAUGGACGACCAUGAGCAGCCAAUCGAACCAACACCAGCCGACCAACCAAAGCUCUCCGCAACCAACAAGACGAGGAGCGGCAGAACUUCAAAAUCAACCGUGCGUUUCCAGGCUUAA